UUGUGUCAAGUCGAGGCAGACGGAUGUGAUCGAGGCAAAAAAAAAAAGAAUCACCUGUAUUGUGGCAUUCAUGGUGACACAUCCAUGGGCUCAGAGCGGCAGGAGAUGCGAAAGAGACAGAUGCAGGUUCAUCAGGAAGCAGCUGCCAGUGUCCUCCACACGCGUCACAGAAUGGGAAACACCCCCACCAACGCCUCAAAUGCCUGCUGUUUCUGCUGGUGCUGCUGCUGUAGCUGCUCCUGUUUGACUGUUAGAAGUGAAGAUGAGACAAUUCAGAGAUUUGAACACAGGACAGAGGGAAUAACUAACUUUGAAGAAAGCCCAAAGGCUACUCUGGAUGACGCCAACUCCUGGACGAUGUCAUUUGAAAGGCUGAUGAAAAGUGCGGCCGGUCGCGCUGCCUUUAGGCAGUUCCUGCGGACGGAGUUCAGCGAGGAAAACAUCAUGUUCUGGCUCGCUUGCGAGGAACUGAAGAAGGAGACCAACAAGACUGUGGUGGAGGAGAAAGUCCGACAAAUAUACGAGGACUUCGUCUCGAUCCUUUCCCCCAAAGAGGUCAGCUUGGAUUCGCGCGUUCGAGAAGUGAUCAACCGCAACAUGCUGGAGCCGACCUCGCACACGUUUGAGGACGCCCAGCAGCAGAUCUACACGCUGAUGCAGAGAGACUCGUACCCUCGCUUCAUAAACUCUGUGACGUACACGGACCUGCUGAAGAGCCUGGAGGAGCCUCCCCCCGAGCCAUAGACUCUCCACUGCCACACACUUAGCUUUUCAAAAACCGGCGCAUGCGUCCCCUCCCCAAGGAGUUGUUGUGUUCCUGUUAGGAGUCCUGCUAUUUAGAGAAAGACGGACAGGAAAAUGAACACUUCUUAAAACCAGUCUUUAUCCAGCUGUAAGUGCUGUUUAUUUACCCAUGAUUAGCUUACCAAAACCCUUGGAGCAAACAAGAACAAACGCUCAGUGCAGCAUCAGUUACUUGUUUGAGAACAUAUCUAUAUUUUUAUAUAUUCCCUAGCGCUUGACAUUGCACUUUUCUACCUUACUUAAAAAAAGGGAACGCAUGUAUCUGUGGACACUGCAUUUGUAUUUAGGUAUAUUGUGAGCCUUAAUGCAUAUCCAGUUCUUGUAGAAACUAGUAGUUAUUUAUCAGUAAGUGAAGAAGAAGAAGGAAAGUGCCUUGGAAUAAGAUCCUCUACACUAGCACCUUCAGUCUAACACGAGUGGUGCGACAAUGACUUCACAUGUUGGUGCUUUCAGCUCUUCUCAAAGAUAAAAACAUUUUUACAUCUCAGUGAGCUGAUACCUGGGGAAUAGAUCGUUUAUGUGUUUCAAUACUGUGAUACAUUAGUCCUAAUAUAUUUAAUUUAAACAGAACAGGGAUAAACAAACUGAAUACACGACCAAGACCACUGAUAUAUUUGUGUAUUUAAAAAGGAAUUUGUGUGAAAUAGCUCUUUGAAUUCUCACAAAUAAAGCACAAUCGUAUGUUG